CCACCAACAACAAGAACAACGAGAAACACAAGCUGAUAUCCGUCCUCUGAAACAUGAUGCUGCGACAUCUUCUGAGCAAUCUAACGUCGACGGAGGUCGUCAUACCGACGGAAGGCAUGGACUUUUCCUCCUCGGUGUCCUCCUUGUCCUCCUCCUUCCCGCCUCCGGCUAGUGGUUCGAGUAUGACCGCGGACCUGGAAACAGUGUCGAGCACGCCGCCAGCUUCACCGACCACCAGACCUGACUUACACAUCGACAAUGCAACUGGAUAUGGAUACGUUGCUGAACACGACGAGCUCGACUACAGUAUAUUAGCAGCCUUCUCCGAUAUGCAGACGGUGUUUCUAGCCUGCAUAUGCACCUUACUCCCGCUGAUAGUGGCACUAGGAAUUGCAUUUGGAGUCAGGCACGUUUGGAGGAAGUACCGCAACAGACGCCACUGUGACGGCGGCCUACCCUGGUACAGCGGAGUUUGUUCGAGGGAAGAUACUGUCGAGUCCUUGCAUCACCGACCCCACUCAGGAAGCACCAUUAUCCAACCUGCCACCAGAGUUCUGUCAGCCCAAGACCUGGUCAAUGGAAUUGACGGAAAUAGAUACAUCUGCGAGACAGAAGUGAUGGAGGAAGUUGCUCUGACCGGAAACACGGAGUAUACGUCACCAGGGAAUCACACGAGCAAAAACGCUAACGGAAACAUCAUUACUCUGACUCUGAAGAACAACCAUUUGAUCGUAGAAACGGAGGAAAGAGGGCUCACGAUGGAAGACACCAAUAAUCACAAGUACAACGACGGUGGAUGCUCGUUUAUCGUCGAGGUCCAACCCGAAUACCAGAGCGACGAAGCCGAUGCGAACAAGGGAUCGGCCGACGACGUCAGACCCACCGUCACCGAUCAGCAGGCUCUUGUCCACCGAGAAGAAGCUGCUGACGAUCAUAACAAUGCUGAUUUCGAGAACACGAAGAUCUUCGGGAGCACAAACACCGGCUUGUCCCAAUCCGACUUGUCGGUAUCGAGUCCUGGAUCAGCGAACCCGAGUUACUGUUACGGGAACCAGCUGGAGUACCAAUCAGGUCACUUUGGGUAUCCGGUCUACGCGGGUUACGAGACAGACGAUCCUACCAACAGGUCUGCCGGGGAAUUGGAGGGCGGCUCGAAGUGGGUGGAGUUCGAGAAAUCCCCGGACGUGGACAAGACUUUGGUUGACGAACCGAAGUCAACGAGCUUUGAUAAGAACGGGGAGUUCGAGGAGCACACCGUACAGACGAUACUGGAGAAACAAACCCACGUCGAGUGCUCGACGGACUCGACGAGCUCGUCGAUAGAGCACCAGGACUCGACGGACGCGAGCAACUCGACGGACACGGUUAAGUCGAACCCGAAUUUACAAGUGAACGGCUCGACCCCGAACAAGCUUGAGUUAAUGGAGCAAAAGGCGUUGUCGAUAGAGUUUUGCAGGCCGGAAACAACGAAGCCGGUUAUAACCGGGGCUCUCCUCAAGGAGGAUACCCAGGAGGACACCUUCCAGGAACAGCAGCGCAAGCUGGGGAACGGCACCCUGACACCCGACCACAAGAAGGAGGAACCACCGAAAGAACAUCGGGCCGAAAGUACCGCGACCUUCAUCCCCUCCCACAGACGAUCGGGGAGCAUACCACCCCGGCUGAUCGAGGAGAACCUGGAAUUGGAGAGGAAGAAGUCCCUCGAUAUAUAUAGCCAGAUAAAAACCACGACAAAGAACAUGCUGCCCGGUCUAAGUCCGAAGUUCGAAAUAUUGAAGAACGAGGUAAGUCCGAUCGAGGAGAAAAGAGAGAGUUAAUAUCAAGGUGGUGGUUGGAAAGGGCUGACCGCCCAUGGUGGCGGUGAUACGCGUAGUUCUUAAGGGUGGCGUUUUAGAGGUUUAGGUAGCCAGAAUAGCGGGUACGCGGUGAAACGCUCCUCUGCUCAGACAGAGACUAGACGCUCAAGAGCUGGGAGCGGAGUAACCCAAAAGGGAGCAAUCGAGGGAAUUCGGGACGAGUGGACCAGGUGGAAUGGGAGCUUUUUGAAAGGCCGCAGGUACCUCGCGUACGUCUAGGGUUUAACGACGCCGGGCGUUAAAUCUGCGGUUCGUCAUAACUCCGGCGAAAUCAGGUGAAACGUUAGGACGCGGUGCCACAGGGCACUAGAUUAGUCAAAUCUUGGGAAAAUGCAUUCAGCCAGCGACGAGCGGCGAAAGCACGGAGCUUUAAACUGGCCUCGACAAUGCAGCCUAAUGACCACCCUCCCUCCCUCCCUUCCUUUCUUCUUCUCUUCUUCUCUUCUUCUCUUCUUCUCUGAUUCUCUCAUUCUCUCGUCGAGGUAGUUCCACACACCCAGCCUUUUGCGGUAGCCUUGCGAGUCGGAAGAGUCUGUGGACACCGGCCAGAACAAUUGGCUGCUAACGAACCCGCCGCGCCCCGACAGCCAAGCUUUGGCCAUGUCGUCGUCUCGU